CUUCGUUUCUUCAGCCAAUCCCCGAUCUCCAGCCACUCCAGCAACAUACAGCAGCUGUUGGUGCUAUAUUCUCACUCUGCCACUCUCUUCUGUAUCACUCCACACCCAGCCCAUAUACACCCAGCCUAGAGCAUAGAAAUACACAUACCAACCCGCUUGGGCUGCAUAUCACUCCGCCUCCCACUCCCGAUACCACUCUUCUCUCUCCGCAACCCAUCUUUGAGAUGGGCACAACCCUUUCGCCCUUCAGAUAUAUCCAGCUAGUACGCUACGCCGUCAAUCGCUGGAUAGAUAUCAUCCCCGCCGUCAAGGGAAAGGGCAAAGCACACCUCGACAACCUCCACGCACGUGCUGGAGACUACUUGCUCAAGUCUGAAACUGCGUCCAAUGCACCACCACCUCCCGCGAAUGCUGGCCAAGCGGAAGCUGGCCCUUCGCGAUUGGCGGGGGUUAAUGAAAACCGGCCGCAUCAGCACAGGCACUAUGAGAAUCAGCAGAAAGAGCAUCAUCAACACUACAGACAUCCGCCCCGAUAUCCCAAACUCGCACCGGAUCCCAAAUGGCCUCCCGGUCCAAAGGAGAUUUACAACCUGAUGAAUGACGAGAGGCUUUUUGUGCCGGGAUCCAUAAAGCCCCCAAGGGAGGUUGUCGUCCUGUGUCAUGGUCUCUAUGGAUUUUCGACGGCAACACCGAUACCGCUGUUUCCUUCUCUCAAAUUACAUUACUGGGCAAGCGUCCUGGAAGUCUUGAGAGAUAAGAUGGGCGUCAAGGUUGUGGUAGUUGGUGUCAAAGGAACCGGCUCGAUUAAAGAACGUGCAGAGCAAAUGCACGAGUUUCUGAAGAAGACCCUUCCUCGCGGUACAGGUGUAAACUUUGUGGCGCAUUCCAUGGGCGGUCUUGACUGUCGACAUCUGAUAUCCACUAUCAAACCCACGUCUUAUACCCCCUUAUCGCUCACCACCAUCGGCACGCCCCAUCGCGGGUCUCCUUUCAUGGACUGGUGUGCUGCCAAUAUUGGCGUUGGAUCUGCUGCUGCUGUAGCUGCUUCACUUACUGCCGAAAAACUCAAAGCUCUUCCCUAUUCUCUCAAAUCUCCACUUCUCGCUCGCCCGCCGCCCACACAAACCAAGCCAGAUACCAUCACAUCAAUCGCCGCCGGACUUACCUCGUACCUCUUGUCCAUUUUCGACUCCCCUGCCUACUCCAACCUGACAACCGCAUACCUUCGUGAUCACUUUAACCCGGCCACACCAGACGACCCUUUUGUCAAAUACACAUCGGUAGCCGGACGAAUUUCCAAGAUGUCUGUCUUACAUCCAUUAUGGUUCCCCAAGCUGGUGCUCGAUGCAGCUGCCGAGAAUGGUUACGCUGAAGACACUUCCAACAUGGUCUAUGGGCCAGAGGGGAAGCCGAGGUAUGAGGGUAACGAUGGUCUGGUGAGCGUAUCCAGCGCUAAAUGGGGUGAAUACAUUGGCGCUGUAGAUGAGUGUCAUCACUGGGACCUUCGGGGAGAGGGCGGCCUAUUCCCCAGUAACGUGUCGUCCAUCUCCCUUGGUGAUGAUAACAAGAAGGGAGAAGAUAAGCAUGGUGGGGGAUGGGAAUUGGACAAGGAGAGUGCCCCGGGUGCAGGUGGAGUCCAUGAGCACCUUGGCCUGGCCGCGAAGGAGAGGGACAUGGUGGAGUUGAAAAAGAAGGGCAAGGAUUCUGGAGCAGAGGCUUCUCCUAAAUCGUCAGAAUCCUCAAUCGUCACUCCAUCUAGUUGGGAUAUCGCCCAAGUCGGACAAGUUGUCGACUGGGUCACGGAUUUUCUUCCUGGAGGCAAGACAACGGAAGCCGGCAAAAGGCAGCUGGAGGAAGCCAGGAUGGAGAAGGAGGGCCAAGUAGAAUUGGAAAAGGAAAAGGAGAGAGAGAAGAAGAGGAAGGACAAGUUUGACUUGGAGCGGUUCUAUGGCGGUUUAAUGAUAAAGUUGAGGGAUGAUGGGUUCUGAUUGAGGGUUUUUUGUUUGUUUGUGUUGCAUUCAUCAAUUAGAUAGUAUUAUCAUCAUUUAAACAGAUUAUUAGCAUUUUGACUUGUAACAGUAUGUAUGACUUCAA